ACGAGGUUAAAUAGGGUUAAAUGCACGUACGAAGUACGAUAGAAGGCUGUGUUGCCUUAGUGGAUGUGAAGACCGUCAUCGCCUCGAAAUUACAUUGAUCUGCACCUGCGAAUCGUUUCUCGCUCGUUGCCCUUUGUUGAGCGCUAGCGCUGAAAUGCACACAGGGAGAUUUGCGCAAUUCAGUCAUCCGACACCAUGGCCUGGGACGUCUUAAUGACCCACAAACGAAAGUGCAAACAGGACCAAAAGCACAAUCAACCUGACCGCAAGCUGUCGUCUAUGGCGAGAUCAAGCUCAGGCACGUUCCACACGUGGUCGUCACUCAGAUCAAGCCACCACGCUCGUCCAAACCACCGCUCAAGCGGUCGUUCAUCACUGCGAGCCCGUUAAUUCUGACAAAUCCAUCUCAGUCAAAAACUAGGUACGCACACGAGAUUUUUUGCUUCAGUCGCCGAGGCACCCUUCUGCAUGAGGCCCCCAAGAGUAUCGGCGCCGUGGAUAACGUCGUUGAGCGGUACAGCGCCAUUGUUGUUCUAUCGCACUGUCAUCGCAGGGCUACGCAGCGCAUGAUUCCCGAGAACACUGGCGGCGGUCACAUCAUGGAAGACAAUCGCAGCAUUGUCGUUCUAAGUCCGUAUAGCACCGGUGGGCCUGCGUUCGAAAGAACCACUCACUGGGGCUGCUGCAGGGAGCGCAGCGGUGAAGCUGGCUGCCGCGAAGAGCAUGAUCAGGCUGGCGAAGAAAGGCAUUACAGGUCGUGCGAUGAAGAACGUGGGCUGGAGCGUUCGUCUGCUCGGUUACGCUCUAUUCGGCUCCGCAGCUCCGACUAGUGCGUUCUCAUUGGCUUCUAACGCCUACUACCAAGUCUUGGCUGUGGUUCUUAGUCCAAUGCACUGCUAAGAGAUAACAUAGGAAGUUGCUUGUCUCGGUGUUAAGUCUUCGCUGUUGUAAAUUUGUACGCCAUCCUACAGUGUUCUCUAGGCACUCUGCGGUGUUAGAAGAUCGCAAGAAGCUUAAUGAUGCUCAACUUACUCCAAUGCUGGGCGGUGAAGGCCUAACGUCUUGCAAAACAUCCUCCAUCGACUCCAAGUCGGUUCUUUCGUGCUCGCUCCUUCCUUCAGUGCCCAUUCUCUUUCACGUUUUAUCAUCACCCUUACAUUCUUUUAACAAUGCGCUCAUUCGUUGCCAUCGCUCUCUUCAUCGCUUCCGUUGUGGCGCUCCCCUUCCCACAAGGCAGUCCCCUCAUCCCCACCAUACCCACCGACGAAGUCAAGGAAUACGUUCAAGACCUGACCACCGAAGUCGGCACCACCGCCAAGCGCGACAACGACCGCACGUUUUUCGCCCCCUUGUCCGGCGACCUCGACGGCAUCUCGCCCCUGCAGCACUUCGGCGACGUCACCAUCGACCCCGACCUCGACCACCCUACCUUCGGCAAGCGCUCCAGCGGCGACAGCCAGAACGGCGAAGUCAUAGCGCCCCUCUCGGGCGACCUCGACGGCAUCUCGCCUCUCCAAAACUUUGGCGACAUCGACAUCAGCCCGGACCUCGACCACCCCACCUUCGGCGGCUCGGGCAAGAAGGGCAGCGGCGGUAUCCUCAGGCGCGACAGCGGCGACGGCGACGGCGAGACCAACGCGUCUGGAGAUGGCGUCCUCGAUGGCAUGUCACCCCUCCAGAACUUCGGAGAGGUCGACAUCAGCCCGGACCUCGACCACCCCACCUUCGGCGGGUCAGGGAAAGGCGGCAGCCUCCUCAGGCGCGAUAGCGGGGAGACCAGCGCGCCCGGGGCCGGCGACCUCGACGGCAUCUCUCCCCUCCAAAACUUCGGUGAGCUCGAGGUCGGCCCCGACCUCGACCACCCCACGUUCGGCAAGCGUGCUGGUGGCAGUGGCGUCGGCGAUGGCGCUGACGGUGGUGCUAAGACCCCUGAUGGUGGCAUUCUCGAUGGUAUCUCGCCCUUGCAGAACUUUGGCGAGGUUACUGUCUCUCCCGACCUUGACCAUCCUACGUUCGGGGACUUGAAGCGCGACGUUAGCCCCGUCCCCGUUCAGGCUGACGACGUCACUGCCAUCGUCAACGGCGUUGAGGAUUAUGACCUCGACUAG